UUUUAUUUUAUUCUUAUCCCACGAGCUUCCUCCCCCAUUACGUCUUGACCCCACGAUCCGAUCUCAUUUCGCGCUCCAGACGCGUCCUUCUUAUUUUCUCUUCUUAUGCCCACUCGUGCCACCCUUUCUAGAAAGCACCCACCUGCCAUGUACUGACUCGACUACGUGCCAUCCAUCUCCUUCCCGCCUUCUCAGUCACUGACAAGCCAAGCACCUUCGACUUAUUGGCCCCCGAUAUCGAGAGCUGUCUGGCCCAGCCGAGCGUUCAGACAUGGCCGCGCUCGUGCCCGAGACCCCCGCGGUGGGGGACGAGGUGAAGCCAUACAAAAUUCAUGUGUCGAGCAAGUACCUCGAUCUCACACGGCAAAAGCUGGAGCUCACGAGGCUGCCGCACGAGAACGCGGGUCCACGCUCGGCCGACUGGUGGGAGCCCAAGCCGUCAGUUGAGCCGCUGAUCGACUACUGGCUCGAGCGCUUCUCGUGGCGCGACCAGGAGGCCCGCCUCAACACCCUGCCGCAGUUCCGCACCUCACUCACCCUGCCCGGCGGCGGCGACUACCUGCAAGCGGCGACGGCGACGGCGACAGCACCGCCCCCGGCUCCGCGCGUCCACUUUCUGCACUUCCGCUCCCCGCAGCUCGGCGCAGUGCCGCUGCUGCUGGUCCCGCCCUUCCCCUUCACCAACCUGUCUCUGGCGCACCUGGCGGCGCCGCUGACGGACCCGGCGGCCGGGGGCGGGCCCGCGUUCCACGUCGUGGUCCCCUCACUCCCCGGACUGGGCUUCAGCGACGCGCUGCCCAGCGGCGCGCCCGCGGUCCCCACGUCGGCCGAGCUGCUCGACGGCCUCAUGCGCCGGCUCGGCUACGCGCGGUACCUGGCCACGGGCGCCGCCAGCGCGCGGUCGUCGCCCGCUCGCGUCGACUGGCUGCUGCUCGAUCGCCUCGCCACUCACCACAGAGAGUCGUGCCGGGGCGUGCACUUGAUCUCGCCGCCCCUUGCGCGGCCGUCCUUGGCGUCGUCGUCGUCGGUUGUAGAGCUUGCAAAGUGGCUCGUGAUCAGCUUGUUUGGGCUGGCCAUCUGGGGCUACUGCAAGGAGGACUUGGCCGCACUCUCGCCUUCCAAGGCCGGUUCUGGUGCGGGUGUGGGAGGGAGAGCGGGCAGCGUGGCGAGCGGCCGCUCCAAGCCACGCAACGGGUUGUUGGCGAAAAGGCGCAAGUCGCUCCUUGGGGGCAGCAAUGGAGACCACAAAGGGAGCGCGCCAGCCGGCAACAGCAAGAGCGCACCGAACCCCCAUGAAGCAACCGGACUCGGCUCGCUGGGCCUGCGCGAGCCCAACACCAUCGCCUACGCCCUCUGCGACUCGCCCACGGGCCUGCUUGUCUUCAUCAUCAAGAUGCUGAGGCUGCUCGCCGGGCCUGGCGUGGCCGGCGGCGGCGCCGCGCUCCUCCUCCCGCCCGACGUGCAGGCGGCCGCCGCGGCGGCCGAGGAGGAGGGCUACUACUCCGACUACAAGAAGACGACGUCGACGGUCCCGACGCUGACGUACGAGCGCGUCGUCACGCUCGCCAACCUGGCGUGGCUGCCCGGGCCCGAGUACGCGCUGCGGUUCUGGGCGCAGUGCGCGGCGCACGGCGAGGCCGAGGCCGAGGCCGACGAGGCCCGCGCCAGAGCGCUGCCGGGGGCGGGCAAGCCCAGGGUCGCCAUCACCGUCUUCCUAGGCGGGGACGGCGCCGUCGCCGCUUCCCCGGUCGCCUAUCCUACUGCCGCUGCUGUCGCUUCUGUGCCUACUACCGAAACAAAGGCAGGCGACGAAGUGGAUGUGGAGAAAGCUGCCGGUGGCGGUGGCGGCGGGAGCGGCGCUGGACAGAAGAGCGCAACCUCUCCAAAUAAUAAUGAUAAUAACGACAACAACAACAACAGCAACAACAACAACAACAACGACGACGACGACAAAGACGACGGCUCGGGCGCAGUGUCGGGCAGCGAGCUCGCAGAGCUGGCCGAGCUGCCCGCGGGCGCCUGCGCCGGGGAGCCUUACGUGUGCCCGGCGUGGGGCCGCUCGCGGUACGACGUCGCCUUUGCGCAGCGCGCACCGGGGCGGCCGGGCCUGCUGGCGUGGGAACGGCCCGAGGUCGUGGUCGCGGGCGUGCGGGGCCUGGCCGUCGAGGCCCUCGCCCAAGACAUGGAGCUGCGCGUGUGGUGCGACGCCGCGGCCGCCACCACGGCGCAGCUUGAGUCUGUCGUCAUCGGUGGCAGCGGCGGUGGCAGCGAGGUGGGCGCCGGCACCAAGCAGCAGCAGCCGAUACCACCGUCUACACCCCCUGCGGCUGCCGCCUCCCCUAGGAUGUCCGAGGGCGCGGAUAGGAAGCGGGAGAUCCGGCCGCCCACCAUCGUCGAGGAGGCGGAGCCCAGCACGCCCUCGCCGCCCCGGUCCGACAGGAGCAAGGGCAAGGGGAAAGGGUUAGAAGAGGAAAGCCCGCCACCGCCGUCCAUACCACCCCGGGGACGGCCGGCGGCCGAGGGGGAGGACAAGCCGACGACGUCGCCCUCACCCACCGCCGUGGGCUCCCCGUCGGUGCCGCUCGACGAGCUGCUGAGGCCGCCGGCGCGGGACCUGUUCACGUCGGACGACGAGAGCCCCGACACCCUCGUGGUCACGACCCCGCCGCUGGGCGGGACGCCGCCCGUGCCCAGCCCCGUGCCCAAGUAGGCGGGCGAGUUGUGUCAUGAUGUUCACUCGGCUUCACUUUUGCCGUGCUGGCUUUUCUCUUCUUUUGGAACAUAUACCGACUUGCUUUUUCUGGAGCAUUUACCUUUGGCUUUCUCCUUGUUGUUUUUGAUACCCUGUACACGACGUACACGAUUUGUCGAGGUUUGGGUUAGAUAGCAUGCUUGAUUCCCUAGUUGUAAAACAUAAUGGCCCGGCAACGAAACCAAUUUUUCUGUUG